AUGGAGUCGGUGGCUCUGUACAGCUUCCAGGCGACGGAGAAGGAUGAGCUGCCUUUUCAGAAAGGGGACACCCUGAAGGUCCUCAACAUGGAAGAUGACCAGAACUGGUACAAGGCCGAGCUGUACGGCUGCGAGGGCUUCGUCCCCAAAAACUACAUCAAGGUCAAGCCACACCCCUACGGGCAGCAUGUCCAGCACUUCAAGGUGCUCAGGGAGAGGAAUGGCAAAUAUUUCCUCUGGGAGGAAAAGUUCAACUCCCUCAACGAGCUGGUGGAUUUCUACAGGACGACUACCAUCGCCAAAAAGCAGCAGAUCUUCCUCUGGGAUGAGGACCAGACUCAGGAGCAACCCAAAUUCGUGCAAGCCCAGUUCGACUUCUCGGCCCACGAUGGCUCUCAGCUGCCCUUCCUCCGCGGGGACAUCAUCGAGGUCCUGGACUACCCCGACCCCAACUGGUGGCAGGGGAAGAUCUAUGGGCGCGUCGGCCUCUUUCCCCGCAACUACGUCCACCCCAUCCACAAGUGA